CUUCAUUCGCUUUUGUAUCAGACAUGUAUGUAGCUGUCGUGAAGUUUGGAUGUCAAACCAUUCUUUUAAUUGUGUUUGUCUACCAAGUUGUGAGUUCAUGGAACAAAUUACAACAUGGCGAAUUGGGCACUUCAGUGACGGAGGAGUCCGCCAUCUCACGUCAGUUGCCAUCCUUGACCGUGUGCCGGAUACCCAGUACUCGUAAAUUACGAGGCACGAAUGAGACCUCAAUAGAAAAAGCUUACCAAGAAAUAAAAAAAGAGGAUCCUGCCGUCAUCAGUACUGUUAUCAUUGGCUUGUAUAAUGAUUCACAAGCUAUAAAAGUGGAGAGGGACAACUUGCCCCGAAACGAACAUCUUAAACAGGAGACUCGGACCAGUUUGCAAAGUACAUACACAGUCACGAACGGGGAGUUAUUUCCUUGUGAUGUGGUGACAAUUUAUGCAAAUGUCUCAACUUCAGAAACGACCAGAGUAGCGUUCAUACCAUCAAACCCGAAUUGGACCACAUUGAUCAGUUUUGAUGGUACAGAUCAAUUUACAGCUCCGGGAAAUGAGAUCUUGGGAGGCGCGAUGAUUUUAGGAUCAAAUUUUUUGCCUGAUAACUCGAGCGUAAUUUCGUUGGAAGAGAAGGUGAUGUCGUCCAAAUCGCGACCCGGUCACAUUUGUGAUGAAAGAGGACAAGCGAAAACGUUCCAAUGCACGCAAAAAUAUAUAGCAAGUAACAUGCCGUGUCAUCUGCCUUGGUUACCCAAAAAUGAAGCUUCACCAAAGAGACCUUGCAACGAGACAAAAGACUGGACUUCUUUAACGGUCAUGUGGAUGGAUUUAUACAAGAAUGUAACCUACGACAAAUUUGUUAGAACUACGGGAUGUGUGCCUAACUGUCGUAUUAGGAAAUACGAUGCGAAAAUAACGAGCUCAAAUAUUCCACCCCUUUUUGACUCGUUGCCAUUCAAUCAUAGUCAUACGUUGUUCAUUCAGAUGCGACAAUCCAUGAUAACGGUGCAAUCGGAGAAGUUCUUCUACGACAGUUCUAGUUUCAUUGCCGAUGUUGGUGGUUUCCUCGGGCUUCUUUUAGGGCUCAGUGUUAUGGAUAUCGCGGAGAUUUUGAUUGAUGUUGCUCAGAAAGUAGUCGGAGUCCCAACUAAAACCGACCCAUUUCCCUAAGCCUAAGCCAUGAACUUCAAAGGAUCUUGGACGAUUCCUCCAUUUUUCAAAGAUAUUUCGCUUUGAUUAGUUGCAUAACUCUCUCGACCCGAAACACCAAUGUAUAGUUACAAUCCAAUCUCAUAUCAGUCAUAAAUCUUGUUAUGAUUGAUCGGACCAUUCGUCAAACUUGUUGCGUGAAAUGAAAAUGCAUCCUCUAACUUGACAAUAAAGUGUCAUGACAUCUUCUCUUUGGUUCCUACUCAUCAGCGUUGUCUCCAUCCAUGGUCAAGCACAAUAUUCGUCUGAUUCAAACGAAUUCGAGAUAUCAAGAGAUCGCGUGUUCGAUUCCCAUGAACAACGUCAAGACGACUUGGAACUGGUUGCACCACGGGAGCAACGUUUUGGAUCCAAUUCCGAUUCCAGAUGUCCAUCCUCGUGUCACUAUCGCCAUCAAGACAUUGAUCAAGUCUGCACCGAAGACCAAUCUUGUCGACGAGGUUUGGUGUGUUCAAUUGCCAAUCUUUGCACCACCAAAGGGCUUGGAACUCAAAAACAAGGCGCCAAGUGUGUCCAUCAAACGGAUUGCUUUGAAGGUCUGUCGUGUUUAAAAGGUCGAUGCGACAAUUUUGGACGUGAAGGAGAUCCAUGCCAUUCCAGCAAGAGCUGUCGGGGAGCCUUUUUUUGUCACACCAAAAGGAAACUGUGCGUCCCAAGAGCAAAGCGAGGUCAGUCUUGUAGAACCAACUCGCAAUGCUUGAAUAGCCUUUGUUUACGUGCUCAAGGCCACCAAAUAUCUAAACAGAGGUUUUGUGCCAUUAUUGGAGUGGCUGAAGGCAAAGAAUGCAAUCCAAAGUCGUUACAUUGUCGUCGAAACCUUGAUUGUGUUCCAAUGAGGCAAUCUAGUUUGGAUCAACAACGCCAGGCUGUUCAAUCGUUUCAAAAUGCUCAACCUGCGGGAUUGAGGAGGCAACAACGGCCAAGGUUUAGAGAAUAUGGGAGAAGAGGACGGAGAUUCAAGCGCCAGAAUUCCUUGGUUAGCCAAACUGUUAAGUUCAUUUGCCAAAGUGUCAUUAUCCGUGCAGAUAGCAACACACCAUGCGCAAGUUUGAUCCAAUGUCCUUGUGGAGAAUACUGUGACCGUGGAGGUGGAAAAUGCC